CCGGCCCUGCACAGGCCUUACCGUUUCCUGUGCUGUCCCAAAUCAAAACCCGAACCAACGGGCGCAUAAGGAGAACACAAGAGCUCUGUAGUAACUAAACAGUUAAUAGAACCCUAAAUCUCCAGUUGCUUCUCGCUUCAGCAUGAUGCAGAAGAUAGCAGAACAUAGGAAGUCUCUUCCUAUUGCUUCAGUGGAGAAACGUCUUAUUGAGGAGGUUCAAAAUAAUGAUAUUCUGAUUAUUGUUGGUGAAACCGGUAGUGGGAAGACUACUCAGUUGCCUCAGUUUCUGUUCAAUGCUGGAUUCUGUCGGGAAUGAAAGAUGAUAGGGAUAUCACAGCCGAGGUGCAUAGCUGCUGUGACUGCUGCUAAAAGGGUAGCUGAGGAGUGUGAUGUUCAAUUAGGCCAAAGGGUUGGUUACUCCAUUAGGUUUGAUAAUACUACUUCUAGCUCCACGAGGUUAAUAUACACUACUGAUGAUUUAUUGCUGAGAGAAGCCUUGGUGGAUCCGCUUCUUUCUAGAUAUUCAGUCAUUAUCGUGGAUGAAGCCCACGAGAGGACCGUUCAUACUGAUGUUCUACUGGCCUUGCUUAAAAAGGUGCAGCUGGAUCGGUCAAAGGCUGUUAACGAGGGAAGUGAGAUUGGCAAUAAAGAAGGAAGAAAAGUAUCUCCGUUAAAGCUGGUAAUCAUGUCUGCUGCAAGUUUGGAUGCACGUGUAUACUCUGAGUAUUACGGUGGUGCCAAAGCUCUUCAUGUGCAAGGGAGACAGUUUCCUGUGGAGAUUCUUUACACUGUUCGUCCUGUGACAGAUGCAGCUUUGGUCAUCACUAUAUUUCAGAUUCAUUUGGAGGAGAAGCCAGGUGAUAUACUUGUUUUCCUCACUGGAGAAGAUGAGAUUGAAUCUGUUGAAAGACUUGUCCAAGAAAGGCUUCAGCAUUUACCUGAAGAAGAGAGGAAGCUACUUCCACUGGCUAUCUUUUCUGCACGUCCAUCAGAGCAGCAGAUGAGAGUUUUUGCUCCUGCGCCUAUUGGUUUCCGUAAGGUGGUUUUGGCCACAAAUAUAGCGGAGACAUCGAUUGCAAUUCCUGGAAUAAGAUAUGUGGUAGACCCUGGGUGGGUUAAGGCACGAACCUAUGAUCCUAGCAAAGGAAUGGAGACGUUUGAUGUUGUUUUAGCAUCAAAAGCACAGGCUCGUCAAAGAAGUGGACUUGCAGGACGUGAGGGUCCUGGGAAAUGUUUUCGUCUUUAUUCUGAGAGGGAAUUUGAGAAGCUGGAGGAUUCAACCAAACCAGAGAUCACGAGAUGCAAUCUCUCUAAUGUCAUUUUGAAGCUCAAGGGUCUGGGAUACGAUGAUAUUUUUGGAUUUGAUUUUAUAGAUAAACCAUCCAGGAGCGCCAUUGUAAAAGCAUUGGCGGAGUUGCACUUGCUUGGUGCCUUGACUGAUGAUUACAAACUAGAAGAACCAGCUGGUCAUCAAAUGGCACGGCUCCCACUAGAUCCACUUUACUCGAGAGCUCUAGUUUUGGCGAAUCAGUUCAACUGUCUUGAGGAAAUGUUAAUCACUGUUGCAAUGCUCUCUGUUGAGCCCAUAUUUUAUUAUCCUCGUGAGAAGAGAGAAGAGGCAAGAACUUCAAGAAACCACUUUGCUAGCGUUGAAGGGGAUCAUCUAACUUAUCUUAGUGUUUAUCGAGAGUCGAAUGAGUUCUUCUUGGAGCAGAUAAAGGCGGAAAACAGUAAAGCCGAAGUUGAUAAAAUUAUGAGAGACUGGUGUAAGGACAACUUCGUGAAUAGCAGUUCCUUGAAACAUGCUCGUCACAUUUAUAGACAAAUUCGUAGGAACGUUGAACGGAUGGGUUUUAAUGUGUCUUCAUGCGGAAACAACAUGCUCGAGUACCGUAGAUGUCUUGCUGCAUCGUUUUUCCUUAAAGCAGCUCAGAGACAAAUGGAUGGUACAUACAGGGCUUUGGAAAGUGGUGAGACUGUGCACAUCCACCCAGCUUCUGUUUUGUUCCAUUCCAAUCCAGAGUGUGUUAUCUUCAACGAGCUUGUGCAAACCAGCAAGAAGUACAUCAUGAACCUGACGAGAAUUGAUCCCUUAUGGUUGGCUGGCUCCUCAUCAUUACAAAACAGAAACCACUGAUCCUAGAGUUCAGUUUUGCAGCCUAAUAAAUUUUACAAUAACACAACCAGCUUUCUCUGUGAUGUGG